CUCCUAAUCUCUCUUCCUCUUACUUCUCCCCGCCAUGUCCCUAGCUCUAGUGUCUAGACGUACCGCGACGCGCACACGAAUUCGCCCAUUCCAUCGCUGCUCCCACUCCACCUCACCUAUCAUAUUCAGUCCUCCGACUCCGAUCCGCCAGUCAUCCACAACAGCCACUCAACCUCAUCCUAAACCCCCUUCGGCCUCUUUCCACCCUCCCACAUCAUCCGUCUUCACUCCUCUUGACACUUUCCUCCCUCGUCAUUUGGGACCACGCAACUCCGAUGUCGAACAAAUGUUGUCCGUGUUGGGGUACAAAUCCCUCGACGACUUUGUGGCGGAUACCAUACCACAAGGAGUGCGCGUGGACGAGUUGAGCGAUGACCCUACGAACGGUUUGAGACCGUAUAGCGAGUUGGAGCUUAGUCGAAGGGUUGACGAAGUGGCGGGGAUGAAUAAACCUAUGAAGAGUUAUAUCGGUAUGGGAUAUCAUAAUGCUAUCGUGCCUCCUGUAAUCCAGCGAAACAUCCUCGAAAAUCCCGCGUGGUACACUGCGUACACCCCCUAUUCCCCCGAACAAUCUCAAGGUCGGUUGGAAUCACUCAUCAACUUUCAAACAGUCGCCAUCUCUCUCACCGGUCUGCCAAUAGCCAACGCGUCUUUACUCGACGAAGCGACAGCGGCCGCAGAAGGAAUGGCCAUGUGUCUGGCGUCAGUCCCGAAACCAACAUUCAACAAGGGCAAGAAAGUCUUUCUCGUUUCACCUUCUGUGGCACCUCAGACCAUCGCUGUGCUCCAGACUCGUGCUGAUGGAUUUGGUAUCACUUUGAAAGUUGCGGAGAGCGAUGCUACCUUCGUCAAGGAAGUGGAGACCUUGGGUCAAGCCCAAUUGAUGGGAGCCAUGGUUCAAUACCCAGACGUGAAUGGGGAUAUUCGAGACUGGGAAGGAGUGACCGCUGCUGUCAAAGCGGUCGGAGGAAAGAUGGUAGUUGCGAGUGACCUUUUGGCCUUGACGAUGCUCAAACCGCCCGGUGAAUGGGGAGCGGAUAUCGUGUGUGGGAAUUCGCAAAGAUUCGGCGUGCCAGCGGGAUACGGAGGUCCUCAUGCUGCUUUCUUCGCUUGCACCGAUGAGAUGAAACGGAAAAUGCCUGGAAGACUUGUGGGUUUGAGUAAAGGAGCUCGAGGGGAACCGGCAUACCGUUUGGCUCUUCAAACUCGCGAGCAACACAUACGCCGUGAAAAAGCGACUUCGAAUGUAUGCACUGCACAAGCCUUGUUGGCAAACAUGGCUGCCAUGUAUGCUGUAUACCACGGCCCCGAAGGUCUGAAGCGUAUCGCCGGCAAAGUUCAUUCUUUGGCUCGUGUCCUUGCCAAAUCUUUAGAUAAUCUAGGGUUCAAAAUUGUCAACUCCUCUUACUUCGACACGCUUACCAUUGAUGUGUCCUCCGCCGGUCUUUCUGCCGACCAGGUCCAUUCGACUUCCACGAAAGUCGGCAUAAACUUCCGUCAUAUCUCACCCACGACUAUCGGUAUCACAUUGGACGAAUCUGUCGGUCCUCUCGAUUUGACGGAUAUUGUCAAUGUUUUCUAUGCGGCACUUACCAAACCUUUAAUCCAACCUGAAUCGCUCGAAGAACUCUCCAAGGAAUUGAGUAUGAACUCGAACUCGGUCUCUGAACCUUCACAAUCAUUAGGGAAAUUAACACGUACGAGUAGAUUCCUCCAACAAUCCGUUUUCAACAAACAUCAUUCUGAAACGGACAUGUUAAGAUAUAUGAUGCAUCUUCAAGAAAAAGAUUAUUCUCUAGUACAUGGUAUGAUCCCACUUGGAUCAUGUACUAUGAAACUCAAUUCGACAUCUUCAAUGGUACCCAUUUCUUCAAAAGAAUUUGGUGGAGUUCAUCCUUUCGCUCCUAUCGAUCAAGCAAAGGGAUACAAACAAUUGUUCACAGAAUUAGAAAGAGAUUUGUCUUUGGUCACGGGUUACGACGCUACUUCUCUUCAACCGAAUUCAGGAGCUUCAGGUGAAUAUGCAGGAUUGAAAGUCAUUCAAGCUUAUCAUCAAUCCAAAGGAGAAGGUCAUAGGAAUGUUUGUUUAAUACCACUCUCUGCACAUGGUACCAAUCCUGCAAGUGCAGCUAUGGUAUCUUACAAAGUUGUACCUAUAAAAGCUUUGGUAGAUGGGAGUUUGGAUUUGAAUGAUUUGAAGGAAAAAGCCGAGAAACAUAAAGAUGAAUUAGCGGCGUUCAUGGUUACUUAUCCUUCGACUUUUGGUGUGUUCGAAGAAGGUAUAGAAGAAGCCUGUAGGAUUGUUCAUGAGAACGGUGGACAGGUUUAUGUGGAUGGAGCGAAUUGUAAUUCUUUAGUGGGUUUGACGAGUUUAGGAAGGGUUGGGGGUGAUGUCAGUCAUACAAAUUUGCACAAGACAUUCUCAAUCCCUCACGGUGGUGGAGGUCCAGGAGUCGGUCCGAUAUCCUGCAAAUCUCACCUAUCACCUUUCCUCCCAUCCCAUCCUCUCAUACCAACAGGAGGUUCAACCCCCAUUUCAGCACUAACAUACAGAUGUUGGUUGAUCGAACCUACGGAAAGCGAACCUAAACAUGAACUAGAUCGAUUCAUCGACGCUCUCAUUUCUAUCAGAAAAGAAGUGGAUGAGAUCGCUUCUGGGAAAUAUACACAAGAUGAUAAUCUUUUGCGAAAAGUCCCAACAUUUCACUAG